ACAUGUGUUGUUAUGAUAGGUAUUGUUUACUAGUGUGACCUGGACGUGUAUCCAUUUCCAGUGAUCAAAUUGGAAGUAAUAAUUUGAUGGGUUAACAGCAAACUUGUUGACUCUUUGUCUUGGAAUAUCUCUGUUUCUUUGGAAAAAACAGGCACACCACUAAACAGUGUAUUUGGGAGUUAUAUAUAUAUACACCGGUCAUAGUCACACAUGAGCUGCUCAUCAUUAUACAAGGAUUGAUGCUAGUAAAUUCUAUCACUGACAAAAAAAGGAACCAGUAGGUGAUAUGGAACAGCUAGAGAAGUUCCAAAUUAUAUUUAACAAUCCACUGGCCACGUAUCAUGCUGGCGACACUGUGUUUGGGUACGGAUGGAUUGUCCUGAAAAAUUCCAUGUUUGUACAAACUGUAUGUUUAGAAGCAAUAGGUGAAGCCAAGGUAGAAUGGAUGACAUCUAGUGACAUCCAGGCUUCUGAUGAAGAAGUUUUUAACUACACAACUGUCCUUCCUAUUAAAGGAGAGAAGGAUACAUCCGAUGGUGCUGUUUUACACUCAGGUUCACAUUAUUUUCCAUUUGAAUUCACACUACCACAGAAAGCACCAUCAUCAUUUAAAGGAAAACAUGGAAGAUUACGAUAUUUUGCAAGAAUGACAAUUUGUACCCCUGGAGGACCCCAUCCUACAAGAACAAGCAAGUUUGCUGUGAUUGGCUGCUUAGAUCUGAACAAUGAACCUGAUGCUGCUUACCCUGUAGAGAACGAUACAUUUGAAACAGUUGGAUCAUUUUGUUGUAUAGCUGGUACGGUAACAGCUUCCAUUAGAUUGGAGAAGAAAGGCUUUGCUCUCAGAGACGCCAUACCAGUGUACGCAGAAAUAAAAAACCUCAGCACACGACGGAUAUCACACACACAUGUUUCAUUAAUACAGAAUGUGACAUAUUAUUCCUACAGAGGAAGAUUUUCUGAGUCUACGACUUUGGUAACAGUAAGGAAAGGUAGUAUUGUACCACGAGGUAAACAGACAUGGCAACGAGAACUAAUCAGCAUUCCUACAGCCCCUCCCUCACACCUUAGAGGCUGUAAAAUUAUAGAUGUCCAAUAUAGUAUAGAGUUGUGUAUUAAGCCAUCAGGAUUUGCCAGGAAAGUGAAACUCCCUGUAGACAUUUUAAUAGGUACUGUUCCAUUAUCAGACAAGACAAUAAGAAAAUCGUCAUAUCAUCCGUUGCCAUCUAAUGUUGAGGAAAAGAGUAUUCCUUACCCUUUCUUUGAAAAUCCGUCAGACAAAGCUUACCUUACAGAUAUGGGAUAUUUACAACACAUGUUACCUACAGCACCACCAUGGGAGGAAGAUGCUGAUAUUCCCUGACCAACAAGAUAUAAACAUUUCGACUUGACAAAUGUCUCAUUACUACAGAACUCCAUGUCAUAGUGAGAAAGGAUUCAUACAGAACUUAUGGUCCAAUACUAACUAAUCAUAGUAUUUUUGUCGUGGGAUAUACAUCAGAAACAACACAAUCAACAUUUGUUUUGAAUACAAUCUCUGUGUUCAUGUAUUUUGGUUCAUUACGUACAUAUUUCAUGUUCAUAUAAAGAUGUUGUCAUAAUGCAAGUUUUUUUCUGCAAUAAAUAGCAAAAUAUUAUUCUAUCAGAAACUUGGACUCUUAAAGGUUCCAGUUAUAAAAUGAUGUAAUGAAAUGUAAGAUUUUACAUACAAUGCAUAUAGAACUGUGUCGGGGAAAUAUUUAAUGUGGUAUGUGUUUGAGUACAUAAAGAUGGUAGUACAAUGUACAUGUAUUUCUGUGUAGUUUUAAGCCCAAUACUUUUCAAAGUUCUUGACAAUUAGCAUAAGAAUGGCAUCUCCACUCAAGAAUAAAAUGGCAUAUUUUUUACCAUUGUAUAGUUAUCUUAUAAGCUUUAAUAUUUGUUUAACAUAUAUAUAUGAACUCAGUUUUGAAAUAAGAAAAAAUCUGUAUUUGAAACAUGUGGUGAAUAUCUGUGUCAAUGAAGGGACUUAAGUUCACAUGAUUAAUCAGGUUAUUUUUUUUUCUGCAGAAACACAUCACCAUUUCUAAAUCCAAAGAAAAUAUUUGGUAUUUUAAUUCUUACCCCAAAAGGUAAAAAAUAAUGUCGCAUCAUUCGGUGAAAAGCUUUUAAUUGUGUCAUGUUAGCCAAUCACAACAGUUUGGGACAUUUUUUUAAAAACAUAGAAUUCUGAAAUGGUGAAUUGACGAUAAAGUGUUAGCAUGACUCUAAAAGUAAUUGUCAUAUUCACUUUUUUUUAGUGGUUUUUGUUUUUGUUAAAGUAAUGCGUUACUUUUUACAGUAACACAGAAACAGACAACGUAUUUAAAGUUACAGAAAGCCAUGCUGUAAAAUUGAAACUGUUUGAUGUAAAUAGUUGUUUUUGUUAUAGAGUUAAUUCUUGUUAAUUUUAUGUUGUAAAUUAUCAAUGAAGUUCAAAUCAGCUGUGAUAUAAUGCCAAAUAUAGUAAAUAAUAUAGUUAUCAUGUGACAUGGUCUUAUUUUGAAGCAUAAUAUAUAAGUGCUUAUGUGUUCAGUCAGAUUUGUUUUUUUUAUGUUAAGUUGUGAAAUGAACAUUUUUCUUUUUUUUAAAUAUAACUUUCGAUAUAGAAGAAAGUUUAAUAUUUUAAAAAAUUGAGAAAUCUUCAACUUUUUUUUAUAAUUUUAAGUGAUGUUACUUUUACAUUAUAAUACUAAGUGAAAUUUUAUUCCAUCAAUUUCUUUUUGACAAAUCAGUAGUCCAUAAGUAACAUAAGAUUAAGUUCGCUAAUAGGAUUCACCUCUGCCAGAUCUGGUUUAGAUUUAGUUGGUAAAAUGUUGGUGCUGUGAUAAUAGAAAUAAUGGUGUGCAUUUUUUGUGAUUUUUGAAGAAUGGACUAAAAUUGCAAGAUUAUCAAUUGCAAUUUCAGAAAAAUCUGUAUACAUAUACAUGUAUGAGAUAUCAGAAUGGAAAUUCAUAUUAUUGCAAUAUUCACCUAGUAGCAUUAUCAAACACCACACAAUUAUUUUUGAAUUGACGGUACCACAUGCAUAAGGAAAACUAUAGAUGCAUAGUUAUACCCUAUAGCUGGUUAUUUUGGCGGGUAUAAAAUUUCGCGAUUUAACUUGAAUAAGGUAUACGUAAUACUUUGGCGGAUUCAAAAUUUUCAUCAAUACAUGUACACUUUUAAAUUGGCAGAAUUUAUUGUGGCGAUUUUGUUAUAUCCGCGAAAAUAAGCAAAAAUUUACACCCCACAUAAAAUUACCCACUAUACGGUAUGUGGCCUAAUAGAUCAUGCAGCCACUUCUACCAACAUAUAUAAAUACUUCAAAUAAUGACUAAAAUAGAAUAUUGACUGAUUAUUAUGUAUAUGUUAUAAAUAAGUAAAUGUUUAUUUCUCUUCACAGCAGGUUAUUUUUAAAUAAUAAAACAAUUUUUUUUAUUUUUUUUUUUUUUUUAUUUUAAAUGUAUAUUAAACAUCUAGGUGCAUAGAUAUUUAAAUCUGAAUGUCUUAAUAACCUUUUAUUAGUUUUGAAAUGUAGUAAUCUGGUUUCAUUACUAUUUCUAACCAAAUUUUUUGCCAUCAUUGUUUUAGUCAUGUAUUUUUAACUUUGAAAUAAUUUUUAUUCACUUAUUAGUGAAAAACGUAAGCAACAUUAUUAUAAUCAUUGUACUUUUAAAGAGAAUGUAUUUGUAAACAAAUCAAUCUUACGAAAAAGCAGUUAAUUUUGCUUGAAUAAGAAUUUUUAUGUAUUAAUGAAGGACAACAUUUACAAAACUUUAAAUAUUAAGAAUUAUUUAAUUUGAAAUGAACAUGAUUUACAAAUUACAACGAAAUAUCAUAAAUUUGUGACAAGCAUAUUAAGCUGAAAAUAUCUUUCUUAAUUUUAGUGUUUAAAUCAGGGGUAUGAAAUUUAUAUUUAACCAUUAUCUCUAGUACAUGAAUUAUUGUAAAUAAGCCCAUGAGGAAUAGUACAAUCAGGAUUCAUUUAGAAAAUAAUAAUAAAUUAGGUUUUCAAGAACCAAAGUUUAAACUAUAAUGACUUUCACUGCUUUGAAAAUAGCCUGCUGCUAUUGAUGUACUGCUUGUAUUAAGUACUAGCAAAUGUUUUGUGUCACAACUAGUCCAUGUGUCUUCCAUAUAUAGUUGUCAAAUCAAAAUAGGUAGAAAACUGAACACUAACACCAGACAAUGAUAGUUUUCAAUGCACUAACUUUACUAAAGUCCUGAAGAAUUCUGAAACCUUUACAGUUGAAAUAUGAUAACAAACUUAAAAAAUGUUUUGUUUUUGUACAAAAAAAAUUCUGUUUAUAACUUAUACUAUGGAUUCAUUAAUUUUCGUGGGUACCAAUUUUCGUGGAUAUUUGAGUUCAGGUUUUGACAAAGUCUGCAUACAAGCCUAUAGAAAAUUUGUAAUUCGUUGAAGAUUUAAAUUCGUGGUACACACAAAAUCCACGAAAAUGAUUAUUAAUGAAUCCAAAGUAUCAAGAAUUGGUCAUAAGUAGUUUACAUAACAUAUAAUGUGAAAUAGUGUUCAGAAUAGUGUUAGAACUGGAAUCUGUAUAUUGAUGUUUUAUGACUUUAUGCCAGUUUUAUUCAGUGUAAGCCUACAUAUCUCAUCAUAUACAUUACAUGACACAUUAAUCUGUUAGUUUCAUCCUAACAGGUUAUUCAUCACAUUCAAUUCUUGUUUUAUUCAAGAACCAUAACUCUUGAGUUGUUAAUAUUAUGUCUGUUUCAUUGUAUGUCAUUACUAGUAAUGCAAUAUAUUAUGUUCAGAUAUGGUCAAAUAAAAUUAUUUAUAUUG